UUUCAUGUCAAGAACGUGCCUAGAAUAAAAAGGGCCAAAGCAUUAUUCGUUCAAAGCAUGAAACAAUAAUUUCACAAUUCAACCAGUACCACACUUUUUUUUCUGGCUCCAAAAUUCAGUGGGUCCUCAUGUUCUGGUCUGGAUUAGGCACACUCAUGUGAACAUACCCCAAGUCCUUCACCUGACAUGUUUCUGAACAUUCCUCACAUCACAAUAAUAUCAUACUUAUCACCUAUUUAGUAAUCACUGCAUGGCUUCACUUCAUUCACCCCUAUAUAUAUACAUCUCUACAUUUUCUUCUGAUACUACCAAUUCCAACCACAGAAACAUUUUAUCAGUUCAUACAUAUAUCUUUACCCUUCUUCUUCUGCAUCAUGAAGACUGGUAACAGAUUUGUGGGGAUAGCCAAUGCCAAGCACAAACUUCAGAGAACUCUUUCACAGAGAAUCAAAAUGGCUUCUUCUGUCGCUGAUGUUCCAAAAGGGCACUUGGCAGUGUACGUUGGAGAGAAUCAUAAGAGGUUUGUGAUUCCAAUAUCUUACCUGAGCCACCCUUUGUUCAGAGACUUGUUGGAUUGGGCUGAAGAAGAAUUCGGAUUCAAUCACCCGAUGGGUGGUCUCACUAUUCCAUGCACUGAACAUUACUUCGUUACUCUAACUUCUUCUCUUAGUUAAUUACUUGUUCAGAAACCAGCAAUGGUUGGUUUCAUCAAUUUCACCAAUUCGACAUUGGCUAUUUUCAUUUUCCUAGUUCGUAGACAGAUAGGAGCAAUAAUAUCUGGCCUCGUCCAUUCAUUUUGUUCUGGAGAUUCUCCUUAAUCCAAUUGCAUCGCAAAUGAUGCCUUCAAAUUUUGUACAUAUAUCUCUCUCUCAAUUGAGUUCAAGCAAAUUUAUGCUUCCAAAUGUUGCUAUGAAAUCUCCAACUGAUAACAAAUGCCUUUGAAUA